GGUGAGGGCGGUGCAUGGAGACGUGUCCAUGGUGGGGGGCAGUAGCGCCUUUGUGGAUCCGUUGCCGGAGCUGGAGCGUCAGAGGCGGGGGGGCGGGUGUCCGGGUGUCCGGUGAUGGAUGUCACGGUGGUGGCCGGAUUUCUGCUCCUGUUGGCAGUGGUGGCACUGCUGGUGGUGAGUGUGUGCCACCCGGUCUAUUUUCCGGUACUAGUGCUGGGCCUGUGCCUGGCCGUGCAAGCGCUCAGAUACCCGCCCGUGCCGCCCGAGGUCGCUCAGCAGGUGCUUCGUCCCAAUGGCCGCCUCUCGGUGGUCGCCCAUCGGGGAGGCGGCUAUGAUGCCCCGGAGAACACCCUGGGGGCUAUCAGGAAGGCUGCUGAAAAUAACGCUACUGGUGUGGAGCUGGAUCUCGAGUUUACUUCAGAUGGUUUCCCUAUUCUGAUGCACGAUCGUACCGUGGACCGCACAACUGAUGGUAUCGGUUCUCUUGAUCACUUAACUUUCGAAGAUGUCCGAAAACUUAACCCGGCAGCCAAGCACAGACUGCACAAAUAUUUUCCAAAUGAGAAAGUCCCAACCUUGGAGGAAGCUAUUGUUGAAAGUCUCAAAGGCAACAUGACCAUUUACUUUGACGUCAAAGGUCAUGCAGCGCAGGCUUCUGCAGCCCUGAAAAAGAUGUAUCAGGAAUAUCCUGAACUGUACACCAAAAGCAUUGUGUGUUCUUUUGAUCCACUGGUCAUUUUCAAGAUGAAACAAGUUGACAAGAAUGUAGCAACUGCUCUCACACAUCGACCUUGGAGGCUAAGUUUCUAUGGGAAUGGUAAACCAAAAUUUCACGACUAUAGACAAUACUGGUACAUGUUGCUGGAUAUCAUUUUGGACUGGUCCCUUCACGCUUUUUUGUGGAAAUUCUUUGGUAUUUCUGCAUUUUUAAUGCAGAAAAAUUUCAUAUCAAUGGACUACAUUCGGUUCUGGGCUGAAAGAGGGGUUGAAGUGGUUGCCUGGACUGUAAAUUACUCAGAUGAAAAACGAUACUAUGAAAAAAUCCUCCAUUGUAUUUACAUUACUGACAGCCUUAUCGAAAAAUGUUCACCUGCUUCCUAACUUAUCUCCUGAGAUUUCUGUAUAAACUCACAUAUGUAGUGCUACUGAACUAAGUGUAUGAUUGAUGUCCUGUAUUAAACAAGGUGUGCCAGUCUCUUGGAUUUUUUUGUAUUUUGAUAUUCGGGAAGGAGAUUAGGUUUUGAUUUGGUAAAACCAAUCUAUAAUGUAAAUAAUUGUGCAAUUAAAAGUGCAGUAUAAUGUUAGCAUCAACUAAAUGCAGCAAAAUGCUAAAGUGAUGCACGUGUUAAAGGCACAGAUUUGCUGGGGAAUGCAGUGUUCUUUCCCAGUUUCAGAAGAUACUUUCUUGUUUAUUUAUGGAUGAAAGCAUGUUCAGAUGCUGCAAAUGUUAAGUAUGUAUAAAAUAAAAUGCACACAAGGUGAAGUGAUUUCCUUCCUUCCCCCGCCCCCCCCCCAAAAAAAAACUCUGCUCGUCAGUGGCUUACAUUUGACUUUCCAUACUCCAGGAUUCUUCUCCAUAUCAAGAUAAUGCUGCUGUACCUUUGACUGUGCUCUGUCACUCAUAUUCUAAGGUUACGUUUUCUAGCCCAGUGCCCAUCCCUGCUCACUGGCUUCUGCUUUCUCAGCUUUAUUUUGUGCUGGAUCCUGUGCAAAAAUCCAGCUUCUCCUUGAUUGAAUUCUGGUUCUUUUAGUGACUACAAUGUCACACUACACUGGGUAAUUUUGAUUCCAGUAUCUAAUCUGCUUCUGAGGCUCCUUUACAAGAAACAUUUCACUAUGUUGAAGUAGACCAUUGGCCCUCCAUUUUUGACAUUUCUGUAGCCAUUGAUCACCCAGUUACUUGCUGUACUCAAUGUUUGAUGCUCUUGUCACAAGUAAAACCUUCACUUUCCAACUAUGGUUGAUUCCCUUGUAAACCUUCCCCUAUCCAUUACCUCUUCAAAUUCAAAGGGCAGACUUGAUCUUGUACUUGCUGUCCAACUCUGUCAUUUGUUGCCAGUUCUUGCUGGACUACACCAAUUUUUGUCAGGUCCUUCUGUACCAAAACUGUUGUUUGCACCAUAAUUUUUCUGUUAAGUAAAGGUUAUUAAGUUCUUUUGUGUAUCACUAACUGCCUUCUUAAACCAUGCCUGACUUUUCAUUUCCUUCUAUACUCAUUGGUACAAUCAAGUACAAGGCCAUCAUGGACUUUUUUGCCACUAAGAUUCAAACUUUCUCUUCGUCUGCUUUGCUGCAUUAUUCCUUUCUCCAAAACCAUGAAACUGAGGUUCCCCCUUGUUCUAGUCCUGAACCUACUCUUUUACUUGUUCCUGUUCUAUUUCUGGUCAAACCAGCUCAGAGCUCUAUAUGAAAUCCAUGUCCUGUCCUCUCAACCAUACUUAUCUUUAGCUGAUAGCCAUUCCGUUUUCCCUCCCGGCUCCUGUGCUAUUUGAUAGUGUUUCUCUAUCAGGCAUUGACCUCUCUCUUUAACAUUAAACCCUUGCUGUUACCCAUGUCCCCUGAAUCUGACAGACUGCCAUUCAGUAUGGACUAUUUCUCAAGCUCUGCAGGGUUUGAUCCAGCUGCCUACACCACCCCGCCAAGCCUUUCUUCUGUUGUGUAAUUGAAUGAAACUGCCUUUGCCUACCCCAUUUUGGCCAGGUUAUGUCCUAUUGCCAGGAUCAACACUUGACCUUCUAGUUUUCAUCAUUGAGCUGCCUCAAGUGACUGUUUCUGAUUUGAUGCUAGGAUUGACCCUUAUUGUUGACAGCCAGCCCCACCUUGCCACCACCUCUCAAUCCAUCCAUUGCCUUUGUGUUUUCAGCUCAAUUAACCAACAUCCAGCUUCAAUCACCAGAAAACGUUGGGAACACAAGGCAAUUAAUUUUAGACUUUCAUUUGCAAGUUUCAUAUCUGUGUAAAGACCCUUUUUCAACCUUCUUUGAUCCUCUCUCUUUAUCUUUGUGCCAAAUUUUGUCUGACUAGGGCUCUGAAGCACCUUCUGAUGUUUUAGUAUGUUAAAGAUACUGUAUAAAUGCAAUCCACUUUUAUCAAGUAAAUGCAGAACUGAGUAAUAAUGAAAUUUUCCCAGUGUCAUGAAGUAUGCUCGAGGCUGACUGAAUUGUGAAAGAUUAUUUCGUUUAACUGUUAAGAGGAUAAAACUCAUAAUUUCCCAUCAACUUCCAAAAAAAUUACAAAACACAGAGCAUAAAUUGUGUACAUGAAUCAAGAAGGUUAUAUCUUAAAAUGUCGUUACUUUUCCAAAGUUGCCCACUUCCCACAAACCCAUCCACUCAGUAAAAUAGUGGUGAUAAUUUCUGGCAAUGUUAUGGAGAGAAUCCACUUGAGAGUGGACUUUGUAUCCAGAGAGAUUAGCACCAUUUAUCUCUCAACAUUAGCAAAACCAAAUCAGAGUAAGAGUCGGAAUUGGAAUCUGAUGUGAAAAGAUGCGUUCGAUUUGAAUCUAGCAGACCUGGUAGGCUGUGGGACUUCAAAAUAACUCAUUGUGACUGUCUAACAUUGCUUGAAUUAUACGGACCAUUGUAAUUGUGCUGUUGUUGUUUUAAAUGUUAUUUCAUCUGCAGUUGGUGAGGUCUGCAUGGAAGUUUAUGGGAAUCCCUGCUUGAAGUUCUGUUAUGUAAAUUUCAGCCUCUACCUGAGCAAGUUAGUCACUGCGUAUUUCACCAAGUGUAAACAACAGUGAAAAUUGUUCAUUUGUCAGGUCAGGAGGAGCAGCACUCUGAAGCCUCACACAGAAAGCUGCAACAAUCCCCACCUACAGGCUGCCCUUUGGUGCUACUCAAUGUCAGAACGUCACCUCCUGGAAACUGCUUUCACCUGUUUCAGUGGGCAGCUGUUGAUGAGAUGAGUUAAAAUACGCUAAUGUCCAUCUUAAGCCACCAAAAGCAUCUUGCAUUACCUGCCCGAAACCUGCUUAGCUAGUAAAAUCAGCCUCAUUGAUUUGCUCCUUUGGUCUUAUUCCUCAGUUCUAUGUUUCAAACUGUUAGAAGUGUGUUUAGCAUUAUUUUAAAUAGCAUUUUUAUAAAGCUACAUUCCACUGUUAUUUUUCGGUAUUGUGACCAAAAAGGGAAAAGUGAACGUUUGCUGAACUUGGUUAGACCUCUGUGAAUAGUCAAUUUCACAGUACAGAGUUGCUUGGGAAUAGUUCUAUUUUGCUGAUUUUUCUUUCUCUAAUUGAGUUUAUAAUCAGAAGGGUAAAUACACCAAAUAAAUAUUUGCUGAUCUGUAAAUUUUCUACCUCUGUGGAAAAAAUAGCUGAAAGUUCAGGUUCCUUUUUUAAAUAUGGAAGAAUCAUAGCAAUCAUUUGAUUGGAAAUCUGAGCUUUUGGGACAGUUGCAGUUUUUUGAUAGUAAAUUUUAUGUGCUAAAUGAAGGUUGAAUUAUUUGCCAUCGACAGUUUACAUUGUACUGUACUAUCUUGUAGCAAUCUUGAUGUUAUUCAUUGGGAGAAUUUUAUUUUAAAAAUAUGCAAUUUUCCAGUGUUGUUAAGGUUUCCUCAGGGUUUAGUUUUAAAUUGUAAAAUUAUUUCUUUUAAAAAAAAGCACAAAUCAUGCCUACUUUAAUUGCUUAAUGAAUGCAUGUUAGUUUUUGAGCAGUCUAACUCUUUGAAUACUUCUGUACAUUAUCUAAUUGUACAAGAUAAUACCUUAUGAAGUGUAUUAUUGGGGGUAUCUAAUCUGUUAUUUUAUGGGCUGUGUAAUAAAAAUGUUCACUAAUUGUU